GUUUGUUCCAAGGGUAGAGUGCUCGGGACCAUGACAAGCUUCCGCCUGGACUUCGGGGAGGUGGAAACUUUCCUGGACCGGCACCCUGAGUUGUUUGAAGAUUACUUGAUGCGCAAGGGAAAGCAGGAGAUGGUGGAGAAGUGGCUGCGGAGGCACAGUCAGGGUCAGGGCGCUCCGGGCUCCAGGCCUGCUCCACCUGGCACGGGUGGCGUGGCCCAGGGCAGUGGCAGAGGCGGCAGCAGCGUUGGUGGCAGCACCGGAGCAGAUGGUUCUGCCAGCAACCAGCCCACUCCUGGCGGUGGGGACAGUGGCGGGGUUCCCUUGAGUCCCAGCUGGGCCAGUGGCUGCCGAGGCGACGGGAGCCUGCAGCGAAGAGCUUCUCAGAAAGAGCUGAGGAAGAGUUUUGCCCGCUCCAAGGCCAUCCAUGUGAACAGGACCUAUGAUGAACAGGUGACCUCCCGGGCCCAGGAGCCCCUGAGCAGUGUUCGGCGGAGGGCGCUUCUCCGCAAGGCCAGCUCUCUGCCCCCGACCACAGCUCACAUCCUCAGUGCCCUGCUAGAGUCAAGAGUGAAUCUGCCUCAGUACCCGCCUCCAGCCAUCGACUACAAGUGUCACCUCAAAAAGCACAAUGAGCGUCAGUUCUUCCUGGAACUGGUCAAGGACAUCUCCAAUGACCUUGACCUCACCAGCCUGAGCUACAAGAUCCUCAUCUUUGUCUGUCUCAUGGUGGAUGCUGACCGCUGCUCUCUCUUCCUAGUGGAAGGGGCAGCUGCUGGCAAGAAGAGCUUGGUCUCCAAGUUCUUUGACGUGCAUGCAGGAACCCCACUGCUGCCCUGCAGCAGCACAGAGAACUCAAACGAGGUGCAGGUCCCCUGGGGCAAGGGUAUCAUUGGCUAUGUCGGGGAGCAUGGAGAAACCGUCAACAUUCCUGAUGCCUACCAGGAUAGAAGAUUCAAUGAUGAAAUUGACAAGCUAACAGGAUACAAGACAAAAUCACUAUUGUGCAUGCCUAUCAGAAGCAGUGAUGGUGAGAUUAUUGGUGUGGCACAAGCGAUAAAUAAGAUUCCUGAAGGUGCUCCAUUUUCUGAAGAUGAUGAGAAAGUCAUGCAGAUGUACCUUCCAUUUUGUGGAAUCGCCAUAUCUAACGCGCAGCUUUUUGCGGCCUCAAGGAAAGAAUAUGAACGAAGCAGGGCUUUGUUAGAGGUAGUUAAUGACCUCUUCGAGGAACAGACCGACCUGGAGAAAAUUGUCAAAAAAAUAAUGCAUCGCGCCCAAACUCUGUUGAAAUGUGAACGCUGCUCUGUUUUACUCCUAGAGGACAUCGAAUCACCAGUGGUGAAGUUUACCAAAUCCUUUGAAUUGAUGUCCCCAAAGUGCAGCGGUGAUGCUGAGAGCAGUUUCAAAGAGAGCAUGGAGAAAUCAUCAUAUUCUGACUGGCUAAUAAAUAAUAGCAUUGCCGAGCUAGUUGCUUCAACAGGCCUUCCUGUAAACAUCAGUGAUGCGUACCAGGACCCACGGUUUGAUGCUGAGGCUGACCAGAUAUCUGGUUUUCAUAUAAGAUCUGUUCUCUGCGUCCCUAUUUGGAAUAGCAACCAUCAAAUAAUUGGAGUGGCUCAAGUAUUGAACAGACUUGAUGGGAAACCUUUUGAUGAUGCAGAUCAACGACUUUUUGAGGCUUUUGUCAUCUUUUGUGGCCUUGGUAUCAACAACACAAUUAUGUAUGAUCAAGUGAAGAAGUCCUGGGCUAAGCAAUCUGUGGCUCUUGAUGUACUAUCAUACCAUGCGACGUGCUCAAAAGCUGAAGUUGACAAGUUUAAGGCAACUAACAUCCCUCUGGUGUCUGAGCUGGCCAUUGAUGACAUCCAUUUUGAUGACUUUUCCCUGGAUGUGGAUGCCAUGAUCACAGCUGCUCUCCGGAUGUUCAUGGAGCUGGGGAUGGUACAGAAAUUUAAAAUAGACUAUGAGACACUGUGUAGGUGGCUCCUGACGGUGAGGAAAAACUACCGAAUGGUUCUGUACCAUAACUGGAGACACGCCUUCAACGUGUGCCAACUGAUGUUUGCCAUGCUAACCACUGCUGGGUUUCAAGAGAUUCUGACGGAGGUGGAAAUUUUAGCAGUGAUUGUGGGAUGCCUAUGUCACGACCUCGACCACAGGGGAACUAACAAUGCCUUCCAAGCUAAGAGUGGCUCCGCACUUGCCCAACUCUAUGGGACCUCAGCGACCUUAGAACAUCACCAUUUUAACCAUGCUGUGAUGAUCCUUCAAAGUGAGGGUCACAACAUCUUUGCUAAUUUGUCCUCCAAGGAAUAUAGUGACCUUAUGCAGCUUUUGAAGCAGUCAAUAUUAGCAACAGACCUCACGCUGUACUUUGAGAGGAGAACUGAAUUCUUUGAACUUGUCAGUAAAGGAGAAUAUGACUGGAACAUCAAAAGCCAUCGUGAUGUGUUUCGAUCAAUGUUAAUGACAGCCUGUGACCUUGGAGCCGUGACCAAACCGUGGGAGAUCUCGAGACAGGUGGCUGAACUUGUAACCAGUGAGUUCUUUGAACAAGGAGAUCGAGAGCGAUCGGAACUCAAACUCACUCCUUCAGCUAUUUUUGAUCGGAACCGGAAAGAUGAGCUACCUCGGUUGCAGCUGGAGUGGAUUGAUAGCAUCUGCAUGCCUUUGUAUCAGGCGCUGGUGAAGGUCAAUGUGAAACUGAAGCCUAUGCUUGAUUCAGUGGCUGCAAACCGAAGUAAGUGGGAAGAGUUGCACCAAAAAAGACUACUGGUCUCCGCUGCCUCCCCGGCCCCUACCAUCCUCACGGUGGCUGAAGAGGAAAGAAACUAAACCUCUGUCUUCACAAAGCUGCUGCAGAGUGACCGCAGCCUGAAGGGCCAGCUUCAACCCGGCCACGUCAUCCUCUUGUUCUCAUAGCUCAGACAGAACUGAAUUCUCAGGGAUGUGGAUGUGCUGGGAAGCGUGCUUGGGUUUUCAGCAUGGAGUGGUCAGCAGCCGAGAACGGGACAGAAGGACAAAGAAGGAGGAGUACUGGGGAGCUGGGAGCCUCGACUGACCCUGAUGAUUGCACAUGGGCUGAGACAAAGGCUUUGGGUAGAGGACUGAUUUGGACCCACAGACCUGGGGACAGGUCUGCCCAGUCUGAGUUCAGGGAACACGGAACAGUGAAAGCAUCCUUAUUGCUGCUUCAUCUUGUAUAUGCUCUUCAAUUUGUUACAAGCCAAACACUGCCUGAUUCUGUAGCCUUUCCUGGAGUGCCCCUUUGUGCCAGAUUACCCCAGGAAUCCAGCUUUGUAUUCCAUAGAGUUAUCUCAUUCUUAGUCUAUAGCUUCUUUUCUUCUUUUAAAGAUGAAGAAGAUGGUUUGUUGGGGCAGUGUGGAAAAGAAAGCGGAUAGACAACUACAUCAGAGCUGAGUGCCCCUCUUGCAGCUUCUUGAUGUCAGAUUAGAGCCUUUAGAAUUCCCUAUUGAAAAGAUAAAAGCUAUACUAUCCUUGCAGAUACCAACUGACCCUAAUCCCUCCCUCCACCAAAAGUCCAUAGUAGCAGUGCAACAGAUGUGUUUGUCUGACUGGUGUUCACAUAAGAUCUGUCACUCUACAGUGAGAUCAUGGUCUUGUUUUUCAGAGUUUUAAAAUUCAGCCUUCAUUGUGGACUAAACUUUCUCCCAGGAGAAAGAGAUUAAUAAACUUUAAUUAAAGAAAAAAUGAAAGGAAAUAAUAUAGCCAGAUUUACCCAAGUGACCUAACAACAUCUAGGAACUAUUUUCAACAGUGAGAGGUAUUUCACAGGACACACAGCAGAGCAGCAGAAACUGAACACUGGCUGGCUUGAGGUUUUCCGAUGAUCUGCUCUGGUAUAAAAUUUACUACCGCUAAUCAGUUUAAAGCCAAAUGCUGGAAUCCUCAAUUUUAUAUUCAGUGUAAAAAAGAAUACUUGACAGGAUAAGAAAUAAUGUUCUAGACAGAAAACACAUAUUCUAUAGGAAGUCAGGCUUAUAAUAAAUAAGAAUAAAUUCUAUUAAAUAGAUGCAAUGACUAGAAUGCCUCUUACUCUACCUGAGAGAUUGAGGGUUGGGUGUAUCUUAUCCAAAGAAUACUAGGCUAGAAGUUAGACUUUUACCCUACCUAUGUCACUACUGAUUGAAUAAACUUUUCUGCAUUUGUUUCCUUAUUUGUCAAAUAAGAUUACAAUGAUUUUCAAAUAUGCCUUAAUUUUAGAACUCUUUAUUAAAAUAAGUGUUUCAAGGAAUCUCCAUGAUGAGACAUCUAAAAUCUGAAGCCCGUUGCUUGAAGCAGAACUUGUAGAUCUAGAGUCCUUACAGAUCCUCAUCUUUGGCUACUCACCUGGUGGGCCACAAAGGGACUCUGAGGACUUUGAAAAUCCCUGGACUAAGUGAAACCUGAGAUUCAUUCCAGCUCUGAAAAAUCUAAAAUUCGCAAAACAUUUUUGUUUUAAUUUUCACUGAUCAGUAUGAGUUGUUAAUGUUACUUAUCAAGUCUUAAAAGAAAUAGAGGCCAAGUUCCACAAGGACGUUAUUUUCCUGGCUCACAGGAGUCACUUGGGAAAUGUUUGAAGAAGGAAUGAAUAAAAUUAAAGUAUGAAAACAGAAGCGAGGGGAAGCAGGUAAUCGUAAAGAAGGAAAUUUUGUUAUGGCACGAAAUAAAGUAAACAAAAAUUACAAACCAGGCAAGGCAAGGGAAUAAUGGGAGAAGAAGGCAGAGGAGAAAGAAGAGGAAGAGAAGGAGAAGCAAUAAAGGCAAGAUAGAGACUGAGACAGGUGCUAAAGGAGACUGCCAAGGAAAGGUGAAAGUCAAUCCAAACAAAGAAAAAUGGCACCGCCAACCAAAACAACGAGGGUGUAGAAUCCUGUCCUCUAUUUUUAAGAAAAAGACAAUUGAGCAGGGAGGGGUUUGACAAAAAAGAGAAGGAAGAAAUGGAGCCCUAAAACAUAAUGUUUCUAGCUACCCUUUACAGCUGUCUCUGCAGGGAAGACUGAGAAACUAGAGGAGAAAAUGAGUGCAGGAAAGAUUGCUUCUGCAGAGCAGGUAAGAGGAGGUUGUUCAGAUUUAUGGAUUUUAUUAAGCCAGUUUUCUGAAUCACUCUGCUAUAAAGGAAAAUAGCUUCUGCAGGGCUGUCUCUCUUCCUUCAGGUGAGGAACAAAGGAUGGGUGGAGUUAGGAGCAGACUGGUGCGCGAGAUCAUCAUGCAUCUGCAGCUGAGAAGCACUGCAGGUGUUUCUGGUACCGUGCCACAUCACAUUUAUAUCACAAACGGGAAUUGAAAAUUAGUCCACGUUGAGGCAGAGAGGAGUUUACAUCUGCUAUCCUCCCCAACAGUAAAUAAAUAAAUAAAUAAAUAGCCAAGACAAGUGGAUGCCCUUCCAUCUACAGCAAAAUUUUAAAGCUCGUGCUUUAUGAUAAAACUGGACUGAGGGAAUGUGAGAGACCACAGCCAGCUACAAGCACAGGAGCUACCCUGAACACUGAUGCUGCAUAGUGCUAAGGGGAACAUAAUUUAUAGCACAAACCCUACGGCUUCCACUAAGGUUGAGUUUUCCUCUCGUUUUCUUGCCUUUUUAUUGGCUUCACUGCACGGUUGCCAAUAGCAACAUCCACUAGUAGCAAGGGGAGUUCAACACCAUUGCAAUCUGCCAUACAGUGGAGCCCUGACAAUGUCAACCAUCAAUCAAGUAGCUGUUUGUAAUUGCCUCCAUCUAUUUCUCCUGUCUCAAGAUAUCCUUCCUAUUGUGGGUCAAGAUUCAGAAACUGCUGACUAAUGCCAUGGUCUGUUCCAACAUGACCAUGGAGCAGUGGAAGUGAGGGUAGCAGCCUUACUGCUACCAAUAGCCCCUGGGGGUUGGAGGUUGGACUCCUGAAAGUUUGAGGUAUUUUUAACCCCUUUAUAAAAUAAUUUAUAAUUUCCAAGAUUGUGAGGUGUGUAUGGUUUGCCAUAUAUUUUGCUUUCCCAAAAUAAAGAAAAACUGCCCAGUCCUUAUUAUUACUAUUUAUUUCCUAUUGAAGGAACGCAUUUGAAAGGUGAGCCUUCUUGUAAAACCUCAAACUGACCAAACUGGUUAUGCUUCCUCAGACCUCUUGACAUCAAUAGCUGAAAUGACAUCAUCCUCCUUUUUCUAUGCGAUGUGUUUUUUUCAGACAUGACAUUUAUUCGUAUUGGUCUAUAUUCCAGACAACACAUGUCAAGCCUACAACACAGCCUAUCUUGGCAGGUAAGAACAGCCUGGCAUUCUGUGAAGGGAGCCAUCCAGUGUGCAGUACACUGAGACGCCAUCCUACCUGGCCACUGGCUGGACCUGUGAUCUUGGGACUUUCUAUCUCUCAGGUUUCUCAUUGAUUAAAUAAAAACACUGACUUUUAUUCCAUUUCCACAUGAAAGGAGGAAGUUAUGCUUUGCUUUUUAAAAUUUUUCUAGAACAGUUUAUUUUUUCUUCUCCAAUA